AAGGACAUUUCUCCGUCGCCUCCGUCACGUGACAUAAUUACCCCACGAAUCAAUCGAGAUGAAUUGCGCGUCAGCCCGCCGUGGGAUUGUUCCCCUCUUCGCUGUGGCGGCUCCUGCCCAAAGCCUGGCGGGAACAUAGAUGGGGCUUCUGGAGAUCCAAAGAGCUCAGCUCCGUGGCUGGUGCCACCGCCUGCUUCCACUCUCCCCUAGGCAGAGGCGGAGGAAGGGAAGAAGCAGCCAUGAGUGACCUGGACGGUUGCGGCAGCCACGGGGCUCCCGCCAUGUACCUCCCCGCGGCCUAUUACAUCUCCCCCUCAGAUUUCUCCGGCAAGCCCCCGUUCCUGUCCCAGCCGCCUUCCUGUCAAAUGACUUUCUCUUACGCCUCCGCCCUGCCCGGCCAGGUGCAACCGGUGGGCGAAGUGCCCGCCACCUUCCGUGACUACGCGGGAGGCGGCGGAAGCAGCAAGUGGUCUUACCGGACUGCCUACUCCCCGGGCUACUACGAGGAGGUUUUCCACAGCCGGGACUUCCUGCAGCCGCCGGCCCGCAGGAGCGACGCCCUCCUCAAAAGUGACCAGGUCUGCGGCACCCACCCCGGGGCCGCAGCCGCGGCUGCCACCUUCUACAGCGUCGUAGGCAGGAAUGGCAUUCUCCCGCAGGGCUUCGACCAGUUUUACGUGGCGGCCCGCGGCGGCGCCCCUUCCCCGGCGGAGGCAGAGCCGGAGCGCGACAAGGGCCUCAAGCCGCCGCCAGCGCCGAGGGACGCUUGCUGCACAAGCUCCCGCCUUCCCAGGCCGAAGAAGAAAGAGGGCAACGAGGGCAACGCGGAUUCCUCCUCGGGGGAGGCCCGCGCUCUGAAGAGCCACAGUGCAGCGCUUCCCCAGAGAUCACGGAAAAAGAGGUGUCCUUAUACCAAGUACCAGAUUAGAGUCCUGGAACGGGAAUUUUUCUUCAGCGUGUACAUCAACAAAGAGAAAAGACUCCAGUUGUCCAGAAUGUUGAAUCUCACAGAUCGACAAGUCAAAAUUUGGUUCCAAAAUCGAAGGAUGAAAGAAAAGAAACUAAACCGAGACCGUAUGCAAUAUUUCACAGGAAACCCCUUGUUUUGAGAGGACAAGCAGGGAGGUCAGGAAGGUCAGAUCUCCCUUUAUUAUCCAACCAGACAUUUGAGCAGAAAAAUCCAGAAGUUUAGGGGACAUCCACCCUGAGGACCUAAGGAACUUGU